UUUUUUUUUCUUUAAAUCAUGUUGUCGCGUUCAUUAUUAAAGAAAGCAGGCCAACGAUUGAAUACAUCUAUUAUUUAUGGUCAAAGAAGAGGGAAAUGGAGUUUUGGGAGAGAGGGGGAGGAAAGUAGCAAAGGACGAUUCCUCUUCAGAUCUAAUUUAAUAAAAAAGGAAGGAAGAGCAACAAGAACAAAGAUGCUUUUCUAUGCUACGUUAGCAGGAGGUCUUUCAGGUAGUGUAAUUUAUUAUCUGUUUCGAGACCAAGAACAAUUUAUAAAAGAUAUGUUGGGUGCUCAUGAACGUGUUCCUCCUCUUGCCCUUCAUCCAAAACGAGGUGGUCUUAAGAAUCUCCCUAUAUCUGACUUUUAUCUGGAUGAUACCAUCACCUCCGUCACAACAGAGGAGGAUGAGGAGAAACCACGUCUUGUUAUACUUGGUUCAGGUUGGGGUGCUAUCUCAGUUUUAAAGAAUUUAGAAAAGGAUAAAUAUAACGUAACAAUUAUUAGUGAGAACAAUUAUUUCUUGUUUACACCCUUAUUACCUAGUGCUACAGUUGGCACACUUGAAUUAAGAUCCUUGAUCGAAUCUGUUCGUAAAAUAGCUUCUCGAAUUAAAGCUCAUUUUUUGGAAGGCAAAGCUGUAGAUAUCGACCUUGAACAUAAAUUGGUAGAGAUAAAGGGAAUCAACGGUGAAGACAACUUUUAUGUCCCUUAUGAUAAAUUAAUAGUAGCAGUAGGAGCAACCGGUAUAACGCAUGGUAUAGAAGGUCUUCAACAUACAGUUCAGUUAAAGACCAUUCGAGAUGCUAUUCAUAUACGACGUAAAGUGACAGAAAAUGUCGAAAGGGCAUGUCUACCGACGACUACCCCUGAGGAACGUAGACGGUUAUUAUCCUUUGUUAUCUGCGGUGGAGGUCCUACAGGUGUUGAGUUUGCUGCUGAAUUAUCAGAUUGGAUCAAUGAAGACCUGGUGAAAUGGUUUCCAGGUUUAAUUCGAGAAGAAGUAUCCAUUCAUAUUAUACAAUCAAGAGAUCAUAUUUUAAAUACAUUUGAUAGUAAGAUUAGUGAAUAUGCAGAGAAAAGAUUUCAACGUGCUCAUGUCGAUGUAAUCACAAAUGCCCGAGUUGUUCGUAUCGAUGACGAAAAGGUAGUAUAUCGUUUAAAGACAGAUGAAGAAGAUCAGACAAGAAAAUUACCUUAUGGAUUAUGUUUAUGGUCAACUGGUAUUGCUAUGACUUCAUUUGCUAGAAAGUUAACAGACAAAUUAUCAGCUCAGGCACAUAAACGUGUAUUAACAACAGACGGCUAUUUACAUUUAGCGGGUGUAGAAGAUAAAUCUAUUUAUGCAUUAGGUGAUUGUGCAACAAUUGAAAAUCCAAACUUACUAGAGCAUUUAAUGGACAUAUUUGAAGAAGCAGAUACUAAUAAGGAUGGAAAGAUUCAAUUACAUGAAUUUCUCAUUAUUUGUGAAAAAUUACGUUCAAGGUUCCCAUUAAUAGGAGAACAUUUAAAGAAUCUUGAAAGGUUAUUUUCAAACUAUGAUGUCGAUAAAAACGAUUCUUUAGAUGUAGAUGAAAUGAAAACGAUGCUAGAAGAUGUUGAUAAAAAAUUAACUCAUUUACCUGCUACGGCACAAGUAGCAAGUCAGCAAGGAAAGUAUUUAGCUAACUAUUUAAACAGAUUAUCUAAGAAUAAGAAUGAUGAAGAGAGUACAGAAAGAUUAGUUGGACAGUUUCAUUAUAAUCAUCUGGGUGCAUUGGCUUAUUUAGGUAAUACAGCUGUAGGCGACUUUAAAUGGGGUUAUCAAAUAAUAGGUGGUCUUUGGGCACUCUAUCUUUGGCGUAGUGUUUAUUGGAGUGAACAAGUUAGUAUGCGUACACGUAUGAAUUUAAGUUUAGAUUGGACCAAAUGUGCUAUCUGGGGAAGAGAUAUUUCAACUGUUUAAUUAAUUAAUAAAGUAUUAUUCUAUUAUUAUAACUCAUAAAAGUAG